AUCCGAACAGUGGUGACAAUUGCUCUUACUAUCUUGUCGUAUUACGUCCUUUUUGGAAAUCGGCACAUGCGCAAGCGUCAGAAAUUGGCGAAGGAAUUAGAUGUUGCAAAAGAACAACUAGCAUUUUUGCAAAAAAAACUGAGCGAUCCGACCGAGGCGAACACAGAUGGCGAAGAAAAGAAGGAAAUACGCAUAUUUAUGGAAGGUGCAUUCGAUCUAAUGCAUUUUGGUCAUAUGAAUGCAUUUCGGCUUGGUCGAUCACUUGGAACGCACCUUGUAGUCGGGGUAAAUUCAGACGAGUCAAUCACGGAGUGCAAAGCGGCACCCCUCAUGAAUAACGAGGAAAGACUCGCGAUGGUGAAAUCCUGCAAAUUUGUCGAUCAAGUUGUCCCAAAUACUCCUUACAUCAUGAAAAAGGAGUAUAUUGACUACAUAUUUGAAACCUAUAACGUUGAUUACAUCAUUCACGGAGAUGAUCCUUGUAUUGUAGAUGGGAGGUAAGUAGAAGUAAAUUUACGUAUAAAUUUUGCGAGAAAAUGAAGUAGAUUUUCUCAUGUCAAGAAACUCCUCUUUGAUGUCGAUAAAUAUUGACGUUAGGGAUGUCUACGAAACUGCAAAGAAGGCUGGGAAAUUUCGAACUAUACCAAGGACAGAAGGUGUUUCAACGACUGAUAUAUUGGGUCGAAUGUUGCUCCUUACGAAAGAACACCAUAUGGAACGUAGAGCUGUCAGUGCGCUUGGACGACAAUCGAAAUUUUUGACAACUACGAGAUUGCUACAGCUAUUCAGUGAAAACGUAAARUCACCAACUGAAGAUAUGCGAGUUAUUUAUAUUGAUGGAUCUUGGGAUAUGGUAGGUCUUUGCAUCAAACUUUAUGACUGUCUCGUAAGCUAUACUAGUUGGCAAUUUGUUUUGCUAACAACCAUUUUUUCUUUUAAUACGAUAGUUUCACCCUGGUCAUGUGGCACUUCUAAAAGCAGCGAAGGAGGUAAGAAUAAGUAGAAACAUCCCCCUUACUUUCUAUUAUGACUACUUUUUGGUAUCACUUCUUCUGACACUGUAUUUUCCAACGAUUGUUGCUUUGCCUUGGAAACAAAAUAAGCGCGGAGAUUACCUCAUUGUCGGCAUACACGGUGACGUUUGUGUCAAUAAAAUCAGGGGAAUGGUAAGUUAUUCUUCAUUUUACKAUUUGUGUUACACGUACUUCAAAGGAUAAGGUCUGACGUCAUUAAUUCUUUAUUCGUUGCAAUUGCUUACAUUAUGGAAAGAACUUGCCCCUAUUGGUAAGUACAUUGUCACCCGUUCCGGACAACCAAUCUUUCAUUCAAACCUCACGCAUCUUUUUGAAAUCAAUAUUUUUCCGUACCGUAGAAUCUUCACGAACGCGUUCUGAGUGUGUUAGGAUGUCGCUAUGUAGACGAUGUUUUGAUUGACGCCCCUUAUGAAAUUAGUGCUGAAAUGAUYGCAUCAUUGAGGAUCGCAGAAGUCAUMCACGGAGCCUGUGACGUAGACGGGGAAUACUGUAGCGACGAAGAUGAUAGAUAUAUGUACGCAAGGGAGAAAGGAGUAUUUCAUACGGUUAAAAAUCCCUGUUCUUUCAGUUUGAAAACGAUCUUCGAGAGAAUUCGCCAAAACCAGAAGACUUUCCAAGCACGGUUCGAAAGAAAGAUGAGCACUGAGGCGGAACAUUACAAACAGAAAUACAGCCAUAACGAAUCGAACUAAUUAGUGAAAAUUGAAGGGGAAGGCGAGCCACAGUUGUAACCGAAAUAAACAAUAACUCUGAAA